CAGAAAUAACCGAGAGGACUUACUGUUAAUUCUGUAAACAGUCUGGAAGCCUAAAUAAAUUCUCAACACCAGGACUGAAAAUAAUGAAUGAAUGACUAUAACAAAUCAUCACAUCCCUGGCUGUAUUAAUGAUGCAGAAUUACCACAGAGCAUUUUACCGGUUAACUGCAAGGAAGCAGUGCUUGCCUCACAUUCUUUCCACCGGCACACAUUUUCAACGGGACCCGCGUCCAUUUGUUGAGCUCACCGGUAUCAUCCUCAACUGUAGUCCUCGCACGUCCCACCCAGUUUUGCAAACCAUUGUUUUGUACUUGACACACCAGUGUGUGCAGCGCAGUGCCCACACCCUCACACUAUCAUUCGCUCGCGGCAGCGAUCUUCCAUCCCACUGUUGCCUCGCAGCGAUGUGGGGGGGCGGGGCUACACGCACGCGCUGUUCGGGCCCCAAGCCCCACGCGGCGGCUGCUUUUCAGUAUAGAGCUGAACCUUCAUCCUAAGUCUGAUAGCGCAGGGUUGGUACAGUGAUAGCGCUGUGUCUCCAGUCUCUAGUACUCACUUAUUGGGCUGGCUUAUUCCGCUGCUGCUGUGGGCAUCGGGAGCAUCUUCACUGCUACCAAACCCGGAGAAAGACGAGGUCCGUACCCGCACUUCAGCUGCCAUGGGUUAAGAAGCUGUGCAACAGCAAACAGGCGUCGCUUUUGAGGAUGCAGGGUCUGGAUCUGCUGCGGUAGGGAAAAAGAGAGCGAGAAGGCAACAAAACUUGGAAUUUUUGUGUGGUUGUUUCAGAGAUGAUUGCGGAGUUGGUGUGCAGUGGAGUAGCUCUCGUCCUGUACCUCAACACCCUCAGCGCCGAUUUCUGCUACGAUGACAGCCGUGCAAUUAAGACAAAUCAGGAUCUUCUUCCGGAAACACCAUGGAUACAUAUUUUCUACAAUGACUUUUGGGGAACCCUUCUGACACACAGUGGCAGCCACAAAUCCUACAGACCACUCUGUACUCUCUCCUUCCGCCUUAACUAUGCCAUUGGAGGCCUGGACCCAUGGGGCUUUCAUCUUGUAAAUAUAUUGUUACACACUGCAGUCACAGGUCUUUUUACAAACUUUUCCAGAACUCUUUUUGGAGAUGGGCACUGGACCUUGCUUUCAGGCCUACUGUUUGCAGCCCAUCCAAUCCAUACAGAGGCAGUGGCAGGGAUUGUAGGAAGGGCAGAUGUUGGAGCUGGCCUCUUUUUUCUGCUCACUUUAAUCUGCUAUGUGAACCACUGCACGAAAAGGAAUUCCACUCAGCGCAGCUGGCCCUGGCUGAUGUGUGCUUUAGUUUUUGCUGCAUGCAGCAUGCUGUGGAAAGAACAUGGUGUAACUGUUCUGGCAGUUUCUGCAGUUUAUGACAUAUUUGUUUUUCAUAAAAUGAAAAUACAUCAACUAAUUCCUGAUAUUUAUAAGAAGAAGAAUGCUCCCCUUUUUCUAAGUGUGUGCUGUUUAGCCAUCUGGGGAGCUCUUUUACUAUGCCUUCGACUGUACUGGAUGGGGAACAAACCACCAAGUUUCUCAAACUCCGACAACCCAACAGCAGAUUCAGACAGCCUGCUCAUUCGUUCAUUGACCUUCCUCCAUUUACCAGCGGUCAACUUCUGGCUUCUGCUGUGUCCAAACACCCUUAGUUUUGAUUGGUCAAUGGAUGCAGUACCUCUUCUUAAAAGCAUCACUGACUGUAGGAACCUUUACACUGUGGCCUUCUAUACAGGACUUAUGUUUUUAACUUACAGAAGCCUGAGGAACUCUUCUGCAGAGAGGCAAAGGAGUGAAAACUGUGUAGUAAAUGGAAAACUGAAUACAAAUGGGCACAGUUGCCAUGCAGACCGGGACUGCAAUAACUCAGAACAGGGAAACUACUUUUUACCAAAAACAGAAAAUGGUUUUAGAAGCCAUUUCAUUCAAAAGCAGCCAUUACCCACCACUAAAAAUAUAGUUGUUUUCUCUUUAUCUCUUUUAAUAGUUCCUUUUCUCCCAGCUACUAAUCUGUUUUUUUAUGUAGGCUUUGUAAUAGCAGAGCGUGUGUUAUAUAUUCCCAGCAUGGGAUCUUGCCUGCUGAUAACAGUGGGGAUCAGGACCCUUUUGGUCAAAGCAAGGAGGCGCUUUUUCAAGAACAUGAUUUUUUAUACAACUGCUGCUUUAAUUAUUUUAUAUGGACUCAGAACUGUUAAUAGGAACAAGGACUGGCAGGAUGAAGAGGUGCUUUACAGGUCGGGAAUUACAGUAAACCCUGCAAAAGCAUGGGGUAACCUCGGAAAUGUGCUCAAAAGCCAGGGCAAGAUUUCUGAAGCUGAAAAGGCCUAUAGAAAUGCCUUGUACUAUCGCAGCAACAUGGCAGAUAUGCUUUAUAAUUUAGGAUUGCUGCUACAGGAAAAUAAUAGGUUUGCAGAAGCCUUGCAAUACUAUAAGCUAGCAAUUGGAAGCAGGCCGACAUUGGCUUCUGCUUACUUGAACACUGGUAUUAUUCUCAUGAAUCAGGGAAAAAUGGAGGAAGCCAGACGGAUAUUCCUAACAUGUGCUGAAAUCCCAGAUGAAAACCUGAAGGAUCCUCAUGCCCAUAAAAGUUCUGUCACAAGCUGUCUUUAUAAUCUUGGCAAACUGCUACAUGAACAGGGCCAAUAUGAGGAUGCACUUGCUAUAUAUAAAGAAGCUAUUCAGAAAAUGCCAAGACAGUUUGCACCACAAAGCUUAUAUAACAUGAUGGGGGAAGCUUACAUGAGGCUGAGCAAACUGUCAGAAGCAGAACACUGGUACCAAGAAUCCUUGAGAUCUAAAAGUGACCAUGUACCAGCACACCUCACAUAUGGAAAACUCCUUGCUGCAACCGGUCGGAAGGCAGAAGCAGAAAAGUACUUCUUGAAAGCAAUUGAGCUGGAUGUGACUAAAGGAAAUUGUUACAUGCAUUAUGGCCAGUUUCUGUUGGAAGAAUCCCGCCUGUCAGAAGCAGCAGAAAUGGCUGAGAAAGCAGCAGAACUUGACAGCACAGAGUUUGACGUUGUCUUCAAUGUCGCACACAUGCUCAGGCAAGCGAGCCUUAAUGAAGCAGCUGAAAAGUAUUAUCGAAUGGCAGCGGGGCUCAGACCCAAUUAUCCAGCGGCACUAAUGAACUUGGGAGCCAUUCUUCAUCUCAAUGGCAAACUACAGGAAGCAGAAGCGAACUAUCUUCGUGCUCUUCAACUCAAACCAGAUGACAGCAUUACACAGUCAAACCUCCGGAAACUGUGGAACAUUAUGGAGAAACAGGGUUUCAAAACAUUGAAGACAUGACAACUGCAGUGUAAUAAUAACCACUAUAAAUGAUAAACUGAGACAUACUUUAGAAGCUCACGCCCACAGGCUGUACACUGUGUGGUCAUGCUGGGCUUUCUUGAACCAAAAGGCAUAGGUCUUUUUGAAGAAAGGGAGUAGUUCUAUUUGUCCUCCUUUCCACAUUGCUAUCUGUGAUGGUAACUCUGUUAGGAACUGUAAAAUGAUUUCAAAGAAAAUAGCCAAAAAUCUAAUGGUUUGAGCUACCCUAACACCCACUAACGUUAAUCUUAGAAGAAUGCACAGAAUACGAGGAUAGAAAAGUCAGGUUCUGCAUUGACAAAUAAGCAUUGCUUUACUGUUAUCUUGAGUCUGAGGAUUUACAUAUUUAAUAAAUAUAUAUGUAAGAUGGUGCAUUAUUUUGCCUAGAAGUGCACUAGUGACUUUUAGCUCAUAGAUGUACUAUGUAUAAAAUAUAUGAGCUAAAGACAAUAUUGUGUAAACUGUUUAUCUUUGAACUGUAUUUUCAGUUAGAAUGAUGAACACUUUUUCAGGUGAUUUGUUUUCAUCUAAACAGUUGUCUGAGGCAAGUUCAACUUCUGCUGUAUAGAAGAGAAGAAAGAAAUGCUGUUGCCCAAUAGUUAUGCCACCCUCAUUGGAUUAUGUUCAUUGGAAUAUAUUUUAUGUAAUUUGUUCAUGUAUUAGAGGCAUUCAUAUGGUGUUGAUUUGUCUAAGUAUAUUUUUUGUAAGGUUACAGUUAUUUAUGUUUUUCCCUAGACGAGACAUAACAAGAGCAAAUUUCGAAGGCAUUCUGAGAAGUAAAUAGUCUGCAUUCAUUAAUUAAGGCUAACAUCCUUUAUGAUUAGAAAAAAAAGUUGAGACAGUUGUAGAUAUAUCAAAAACUGAGUUUAGAGAAAUGCUGUUACUAAUGUUGCACAAGGCCACAAGUAUUGUAGACUUAUUUAUUACUCCACGGUUCUUCGUGCUUUAUUUCCUGAAAGUGACUUGAACUGCAAACAAUGGAACUAAGUCAUUACUUUCAAGUGAGACACAAUGCGUAGUUAUAAUAAAGAAGUCUUUUUUUAACAUUCACAAAACAAAUGGUAUCCCUAAAAUUAUGUUUUUUACAUGCUCAAAACAAAUGGUAUGCUAUAGAGUACUUUUUUUCUGAAUUCAAGAAAAAUUACUCUUAUCUGCCAUGAACUUUGGAACUCAGGUAAUGCUUUUAUUAAAAGGCAGCAUUCUUAGCCUCUGUGUACAUAGGACAUUUUACAUGCACAAACAGAAUGCCACCUUAUAGGUUCAAAGGAAGGUACUAGGCAAUCGGCCCAAGGGCCUACGUAAGCCUAGCUAACAAGGUUCCCUGGCCACUGUCGAGCAAAGACAAAGAAGUGAU